AUGGCUGAGACCAAGGGCUUCAAGCAGGACAUGGUCGUUUCGAUCCGAUAUCGAAACGAUCUGCCUCCACCCCCCAUGCCUCCGAAAUUCCUCGAUAUUGACACCGGCGGUCUGGCUCAAUAUCUUACCACGAGUUAUGCAUCGGGCCUGGCAAAGCGAGAAGAACCAAAUAUCGAAGUGGACGCAGAAGGUGGCAUGCCUAUCGACAUGAUCGGUGUCCCAGGCUAUUUUCUCGGCGACGAAAGCGCCAUCAUGGCUCCCGAAGUCCAACCCGUGCUCGACCCGGCCGACCAAGCGUUGCUGAUGUCGCUGGAUCAGCUGAAGAGCCAGGGCGCAAAGAACAACGUCUCGUUUCUACGCAAGACGCAGUACAUGACCUCUUCGCAGAUGGCUCGAGCAAGUGAUGCAUUCAUGCGACCAGGUGCUGCUCGAACGCCAAAACCCCAAGCGCCCAAGGCACCACCCUUGCCUGUGACCCGAGAUGACCCAGAAAAUAUCAAGCGACAGAUUCAAAAAGGCUUCGACCUGGCCUACCCGGACAGCAUCCCCUUCAAUCCCCCUGAGGCGAAAGCGAAUCCUAUCACACCUCAAGAUCGAGAAGCCUGGAGAAAUCCCGUCCAUCCCGACAACCCCAGGCUCAAGCCUGUGGAAUUUUACCCUAUCAUCCCUGAUCUUGAGACGGGCACCGACAUGGCCUCGAAUUGGCAAGCCCUCAAGUUCGACAAGCCACCUUUACCACCAUAUAAAGGCAGAAGAGACGAUCGCAUCGACGUCGGCUUACUGAUGGCCUCAGAAAACGCGGCUCUCAUGCCCGCCUGGCGCGCAGCAAGAGAAGCCUUCGAGAGAGAGCCCGAAAAAUUCGCAGAUCCCGGACCCGAGCCAUACACAUGGUCUCUCUCCGUCCCUAAACACCCCGACUCGACCUCGCGCAUUCGCCAGCUCUUUGACGACUCGAAUCCUCAAAAGGAUGAUCCCGCCCUCAUUGAACCACUUCUCGAAGAAUCCGCCGACGGCUCAUUACGUCUUCCCUUUGAACGUGUCCGUGUCUAUCCAAAAGCCACCCAAGACACGGUCGAUCCUCAUCGCAUCAUGGCACUGUCACUCGUCGACACCAACAAUCUUCCCCGUCAUUCCCGCUUCCGCAAGCAAGGCAACGCUGCAUAUUACUAUCCGAUCCUCGAACGCGUGAAAAUGAGAGCCGAUAGGGGUAAUCUCUCUAAAACCCACCACAACAACGCCGAAGACGACAUCCCCGACCAGGUCAUGGUCCUCUUCAAAGAGCCCAACGCCAAAGAAAAACGCUCACGUGCCGAAUUCAGAGGGGACUACGACCCGUCCUUCAAAGAUGAAUUUGACGAACUGACGCGCGAAGCACGAGCCGAGGAAGAGGCGGAGCAUGCCGAUCUGAUUCUGCAGGAGCAAGGCCCUCUGCACGAAGGGGCACAGGAUGUCAAUAUGGCAGAAGUGGGGGACGGAGAGACGGCGGAGGUGAGCAUGAAUGGCAUUCCUCGCAAAGACCGCGCCGAUGACCGGAAUACGCCUCCUCCACCGAUGAAUGGAAAUGCAGACCGACGGGAUCGAAGCGGAGACGGAGACGCCGAAGCCGAGGACGACGGAUAUGGAGAGGACGAAGACAUGCGGGACGAUUAA